UGCCCUUUCAAGGCGCUGGAACCUCAGACAGCAGCUUCUAGGCCUACAUUUACAAGGACAACGACGUGUCGCGCAUAUUUUAUGAUACAGCUUAUCCGGAUAUGGCGAGCGCUUCACCAGAGCAGCAGUUGAGCCGCCCACGCGAGCCGGUCCUGGUACAGCACAACAAGCGUCCUCUUUGAGCGGUCACGUGAUAAGAAAGAAACGGAAGAAAAACAGAAAGGCGAUGAAAAACUACAACUAAUAGACGCCACGGAGGUAUAAUCACACUGGAAGGAGUCAUUUUUAUCCGCAUGUACUCGCACUGUUUGCACGAGCUGUGAACCGAAGCUGGAACUGUUCCGGUGAACUCAGGAUGCAUUUUGUGUCCACUAAAUGCGGGUUAAAAAGCCACAUUCUUGCUAGUUGGCACGGGGAGUGAGACGGGCUUUUCACAGAAUAUACAGCAAAACUUUUUCGUCUGUUUGCUUGCGGUAAUAAAAGUGUUGAGUAGUCAGAGAUAAGUUCCUGCAAAGUGCUGAUGCGUCAAAAGCUUGUGACCCAGCAGCAGCACCGCUGAAGGCUGAAUCAUUCCCCCACAGACACGAUGGAUUAGCCCACAGAGGAGACAGAUGAAGGUGGAGAAUCGAUGACCUGGGAGGACCAGAUGUGAUGGGAGCACUGGGGUUGGAUGUCAGCUGGACAUGAAACAAGCACGUGAAUAAAGAUUCUGGAGGGCAGAGAAGAUGAAGCUAAACGAACGCAGCGUUGCACACUACGCCACCUGCGACUCGCCACCAGACAAGACGGGCUUCCUGUUCAAAAAGGGUGAGCGCAACACGGCAUAUCACCGUCGCUGGUUCAUUCUCAAGGGCAACAUGCUCUUUUACUUUGAGGAGCGUGAAAGCCGAGAGCCCAUCGGUGUCAUCGUGCUCGAGGGCUGCACAGUGGAGCUGUGCGAAUCCGUGGAGGAGUUCGCCUUCGCCAUCAAGUUCGACUGCGCCAAGGCGCGGGUGUACAAGCUGGCAGCGGAGAGCCAGACGGCCAUGGAGUCGUGGGUGAAAGCUCUGUCGAGGGCCAGUUUCGACUACAUGAGGCUGGUGGUGAAGGAGCUGGAGAGGCAGUUGGCAGAGAUUCAGGAUGCUGCAGGAGCUGGAGGCCAGCAGGGCAGGCCUAAGCCUUCCCGGCGAAAUCAGGUGGCACGAUCCAGGUCUGGGGCAUCCUCCUCUUCGUCUUCUGCAUCUUGCCUUUCAUCAUCAGCAAGCGCUCCUUCCAUGACAGCCGUUUACUCUGCUCAGAAGAGUCUUCAGGAUGAGGUGCAGCUCAUCUCUGGGAGUUUCAAGGAGAAUGGAGUCACAUGGAGCAAACCUCCAGCUGCCUCGGCUAACGGGUCCGUUGACACGGCGCCGUCUUGCGUGACAUGGAAUGUUUGCACAGACUCUGGGGUUGCCACUGGGUGUGGUGGAGAUGGAGGGAGGGCUCCACCAGUGCCACCACGGAGGUUAGGGGCAUCACUGGAGAGCCCGGUCUCUCCUGAUACCGGUUGCUUCUCCAAACUCCAUGAGUGGUACGGCAGGGAGGUGGAGGAACUGAGAGCGCAGUGGCUGCAGAGCCAGUAAACUGCUAAAAGAGCAAGUUCAGUCAUUCCUAUUGGAUCAUUCUGCUGUGUUUCCUGGAAGAAAAAGAAAAUUAAAAUCUUGUUUUUGUUUAAAAGAAAAACUUCCAGUCUUGUCUGGCAUGGAAGAAUCUGUUAUUUUUAACAUAUAACACUAUCUUUUCUGCAAUCAAAAAUCUCAAAAUAUGUUCUUUUUUAUAGUAAUCACCUAAAAAUCUUAAGAACACACUACUUGAGAAGGGAAUUACUUAAAUAGUCAGAUUUCCUUAACAUAGGCUUAGCCUUGAGUGGUCAUAGAGUAUAUUCCAAUCAGAAAAACAUGUUUACUUAUUAAUUACAUCAGUUACUGCAUAUUUUUCUGUUGCUGCAUGUCAUUUUGUUAUAUCAAUAUGUUUUCUUUUUGUUUGUUUGUUUUUUUAGCGUUCAACCAAUAGGGUUCAGGUUACAAAUCUAUCUGUUUGAUUGUAUCGAAAAAUACAAGUAUUAAGAAGUAACUACUAGAAUAGAUACAGUGACUUGCCAAAGUACUAUGGUCCUUUACUUUUUCACGUUACAACCACAGACUUACAAGACACAGACAAUAUAUAUUUUAAUACUAAUCUGAAAAGUGAGUCAUGCGUAUUUGUUUCCCCUUCCAUAGCCAACAGAACAACUGGUUAAAUUACACACAGGUGUACUCUACUAAUUAGGUGACCUUUGAAGGUGUGUCACUGGAUUUUAUUUUAAUGGUGUCAGAGUGAACGAUACUAAAUAUAAAACCAUGUUGCACUUUUCAGGUUUUUAUGUAUCCUUUUCCUUCCACUAAAUUACACUAAAGUUUGUGCUCGGAACAUUACAUAAUGUGGAAAACUCACUUGGUAUUAACGACAUGGUAUGUGUAGAUUUUCUGUUAUGUGGAUUAGGAGCAGGCAAAUCCACAGGGCUCUGGUUGUUGCAGCUAAUUAAAUGUAUCCGCUGCUCUCCAGGCUUUUCAGGAUCCUAUCAAUGUAUGGAAACUGUUUUUACAAUCACGAUAUUGAGCUUGAUGCUUCCACUGACUAAUAUCCACCCAAAACCAGGAUGGCGUUGUACAAGUAAAACAACGACACUUGGGUUGUUCUCCGUUUUCCCCUUGAGGUCCCCUUGGUUUCUCCCUGGAGGCCUUCACGGUUGCUAACAUGAGAGCCUCCUCACAACGCUCACUGGGUCCCAUGUGUUGAGCUGGAUGUUCUGCUCAAAGCGAGAGAAAGCCUUUAUUCUUAGUCGCUGUUAUCCAGCGGCCAGAUGAUGCUGUGUCAUAGGAGUGCUUGUCACUUUUUCCCCUUCCAGUCUCACGCUUCGUGGAAAAGGAGGCCGUUUAUCUGGGGAAUUUAUUGGUCCCAGUUCCUGGUUUAGUUUUGGUCCAAUGUACAAUCCAGUCUGCAGUUUUGAUCAUGUAUUUACCACUUGUUUACCUGGAGUGUUACUGAUAAGAGGUCACUGUAACGUACAAGGACAUCUAAGUUUCUUUGAUUUAGAUAUGCAUAUUUACUAUUCCAUGUUGGAAAUGAACACUAAGAGUCCUCACACCAGGCCUUUUUUUUUUUAAAACAAUUUACUUUUUUAUCCAUCACGGAGUUGAGUUAUGUUUUUUUUUUUGUAUGUGCCUUAUGUUUUCUUAAGAACUGAUCAUUAGUAACCAUUGUCACAUGAUUUUACUGCUUACUGUCGUACUUUUCUUUCUUUCUUGCCAAAGGAGCAUCUUCGUGCAAUCACUUUUUGACAAUGACUCAGUUGCAUCAAAGCACAAUGCUGUCAUUCCUGUUAUACGCUCGGCUUGUGCAGAAAACGACAAUAGAAGAGGUACAGAGGGGAUUUUUUUUAAGCCAAGCCAACACUUACAGAACUUUUAACACGUAUUAUCUAAGGUUUGUGCAUUAAUGUUCUUUUUUUAAAAAUAAAAAAAACAAUGUUUCUGUAAGCAUAAGGUAAAGAAAUAUAUGAAUGUUUUAUAUUAACUGUAUAAUAACGCAUUGUUUAUAAAAGGUGCCAAAAGAGGAAUAUGUCUCCUUUUCCUUUUUUAUGUAGGAUUUUUUUAGUGUUACAUUACACAAUGAAACGUUCCAUUUUUUAUUUUUUUUUUAUUUUUAAGAAAAAGCAAUAGCACAAUGUUAUACCAUAGUACCCCAAAAUAUGGUGUUAAUCCCUUAUUAAAGUUUAUUUGAAUUCA